AUGCCUCUUUGGCUCAUUUUUCACCCAACUGGCACUUUCGAGGACACCGCUUCGAAGAAAGCUUUGACCGAAGACGUCACGAAAAUAUACACCCGAAUCGGCCUCCCUGCGUUCUAUGUGGUCAUCAACUUUAUUAAGCUUUCACCCGGAGACACCUGGGUCGGUGCUGAAAACAGAACGGAAAACCCGUUUAUUCGAAUUGUUGCCGAACACAUUGCUGUUCGGCUCGACAAUGAGGACAACGUUUACAACUCUACAUGUAACGCGAUUGAAAAAGCCUUGAAGCCUCAUGUUGCCGAUAGAGGUUAUGAUUGGGAAUUCCAUGUCGAUGAAACUGAAAGGAGACUAUGGCGGGUCAAUGGACUAGUUCCUCCUCCGUUUGGAAGUGAUGCGGAGAAGAUUUGGGCGAAGGAAAACAAGCCCGUCAGGUGGGAAGGCGCUUAG